AAUAAAUACAAAAUAAAUUAUUAAAGGUAAAUUCAAAACGCAAAGUAGCAACACCGGACCAGAAAAAAGUUUGACAUUUCGAAGUGAAGUUGUGAACGCAGUGAACGUGUGUGUAAAUUUACAACAAAAAUAUUUAUUUUUAUGUAGUGAUUUUAAAGAAACCAGCACAAAAGAAUGGCUCUAGCUACGGCAUCGGCGACGAUGGAGUCCUCCCAGUCCCUCAUCCAAUCAGAGACGAGGGUCCAGAGGAGUUACCAGGAGGUCCAGGUCUCAGAACAGAGGACUAUCAAGAAGAAGACCAAGUCCAGACGGCAUAAGGAUGAAGGGAAUAUAUCGGUGUCGAAAAGUUCAGAGAAGUUGUUCAAAAAGAUGAAAGCGGCGACUGACACGGACGCAAUACCGCAGUGCGAGAAGUGCUCGCGCCCCGUGUAUGCCAUGGAGCGCAUCAAGGCAGAGAAGAGGGUCUGGCACAAGGAGUGCUUCAGAUGCGUACAGUGCAACAAGCAACUCACAGUGGAGACGUACCAGAGCGAUCACACGACGCUGUACUGCAAGCCCCACUUCAAGCAGCUGUUCGAGCCCAAACCAGUGGACGACGAUGACGUCACUGAUGCAGCCCCCCCAAAGAAGCACCAGAUGAUAAUCUGCGAGAGUAAUCCAGUCGAGCUGCCGCCAGAUGUCGUUAGAGCAUCAGACAAACCAGACCUUGGCCUGGAGGAGCUCUCCCAACUGGACGUGAAGUCCAAGUUCGAGGUGUUCGAGCGCAAAGCCAGGCAGCCUGAGGAGCCGGUGCCGCAGGAGCCCCGGGUGCCGCGCGAGAAGACCGCCGCCAUACUCUCCAAGCUUGCCAAGUUCAAAGCGAAGGGCAUGGACGUCGGCGUGUCUGACGAGUACCUGAACGGCGUGCCGGUGGAACAGAGCUCCAGCGAGCCCGAGGAAGAUGAGGAAGACGAAGACUCGGUGCUAAAGAAGUCCUACAAGCACACUGCGAGCCGCGAGCAGCCCGUCUCGUUCUGCAACAUGAGCGAGAUCGUCGGCAAGUUCGAGACCGGGCAGCACUCCUCGUCCGACAGACACCGCGAGAGGAAGCAGGAGAUACAGAACAUCAGGAGCCGGCUGUUUAUGGGCAAGCAAGCUAAGAUCAAGGAGAUGUAUGAACAGUCCGUACUGCAGAGCGAACAAGGUGUGACAUCAGCAGACAAGAUAGCUCGCGAGCUGGAACUGAACGCGGAGAAGGCGCGCGCCAUCAAGCAGCGGUUCGAGAACGGAGAGGUGUUCAACGAUGAGAACCAGCCGCCCAAGAACCGGGAGAUUGAUGAUAGAGCGUUGUUUAACGAAGGUAUCGGCAAGAAGUCCCGCUCGAUCUUCUUGGAACUGGACGCGAACGCCAAGAACAUGCCCCCCACCUCCCCACCACCCGGGGAGGUGCCCAAGCGGAAGGAGAUUCCGUUCAUCCCCAAAGACGUGGUGCGCGCGGCGGACAAGAUGGAGGACGUGAAGAUCGAGACGUCCGACAUCUCGGACCGGUUCAAGUUCUUCGAGACAUACAAGCCCAAGAGCGAGCGCAAGGAGUUCCGCAUGACGCCGCCUAGGCAGACACAGCGCGCCAAGUCCCCGUCCCCCGAGAUCUACCACGAGCCGAGCGUGGUCCGCAGCGACGAGCCGGCGGCCGACACGGGCGUCGCCGCCGCCAGGCAUACUGCGCAGCGCAUGAUCUCCGUCUUCAGGCAGUUAGAGCAUCAACAGAACAAACCUGAUGACGCGCAAGGUCCCAAACCCCUGAAGAGGUUUACCCCUCCCCCUCCCGGCGAGAACAACCACCACGGAGACACCUCCUCCGAGGAGUACUCCUCUGAGGAAUAUGAGGAAGAGGACAGUGAGGACGAGCGUCGUAGGUUGUACCUUGAAGCCAGACAGAGGGACGAAGCUCUUAAGCAGGCUCAGCAAUUAGCCCGCACGAAGAGUUUCCGCGACCGCUUCGAGAACUGGUCGGAGUCGGAACCGCAGCGCUCGCCCUCCGCCGUCGUCAUACAGCGGCAGCCCGAGAACGACGAGGAAGGGGAGAGCCAGCUCGAAACCGCUAAGAGCUUGCGUCAGAAGUUCGAGAGCAUGAACGUGACGCAGUCGAGUGUUACAAAAACCUUUGUACCCAAAGUCAACAGAUUUGUGUGACCGCCGCGCGAGUCCUACCACACCAACCAAAGCAAUUUUAACCUUUUAUCGUUCGUUGUAAAGUCUUUUUUAUAUUAUAUACCACUUGCCAACUAUUGUAUUUUAGCACGUAAGUAACGGUUGUAGCCUAUCAAUUGACGAAUAUUAUAUAGGAUAGACAUAUUUAUUUACAUUCGGUAACGCGACUGAUAGAGAUUGCAUUUUAUAACGAAAAGUGCCUUAGAACGUGCAAUUUAUUCAAAGAAAAGUGUUUUUAGAAAAAUUCUACAAAAAAUGUAUCGUUUUUAUAUUAUAAUAAUAGUUAAUCAAAUUAUAUAGUUAUAUUGUUAAGCUUAGUCACACGUAAAGAGAGAAUGAUCAGAGUACUCGACAAGGUAUAUGUUGAUAUAUCUUAUGUAUGAGUAUUUCUAUGUGUUAUCUUAUUUCACAAGUCUAUUUGUAAGUGAACUCGAACUUGCCCUUCACUUGUGAUUUUUUAAACUGGCAACACUGUCCUGCCACGAUAUAGUUAUAAAUAUCUCUCUGUGCCAUCUCAAUGUUCUAAUAAUCUCAUUUAUUAUUUAAUUUAAUAAUUAAUAUAACUAUUGUCUGUAAUAUCGCAUGUUUGUUAUUAAUAGAUACAUUUUGAAAUGUAUUUUAGUUAAUUUUGACUAUGUGACUGAAUAUUGGAUUCUCUGUUUGUACUUAAAAGUUUUGCCGAUUUUUUAUAUUAUUCGAGAGUAAGAAAUGAAUAAAUAACAAAAUUUUA